AUGCUGUUCCCCAGGAGUCUGGAAGGAGUCAAGGAUUGGCUCAAAGGCAAGGCAUGUCCUCCUGAGGUUGCCCCUCCUCCCAGAAGACGGGGACCCCAGUAUGCUCGACAUGCUCCCCGAGCCUCACCUCUGACCCCCACCCACACCCCAGCAACAAGCCACCCCCAGAACUGGACCAAAGAAUUCACCUCCCCGGGGGCCCGCGGCGCAGGGAGCAGCCCGGCCCGGAGCGCGCGGGGCGCCAAGAGCCCGGGCCGCGCCGACGCCGUGGCCGCGCGCGUGGAGCGGCGGCCGGGCGGCCUCCCCGCCUUCACCCGCGACGGUUUCGAGGCCGACCGGCGCCGAGGGGCGAGCGGCGGCUGCCGGCUGUCCCAGGCGCCGCAGCAGCGCUGGCGGACCGAGUGCGCCCUCGAGAGCUCCCCGUCCUCCCGCCCGACCUCUGAUGUGAAUUGCCUCAUUGAAGAAGCAGCCCAAAUGGAGAAGAUCAAGUUUCAGCACAGUGUUUGCAGGCAGCCCCUGGGUGUUGUGAUGGAGUUCAUGGCCAACGGCUCCCUGGAGAAGAUGCUUCCCACUCACAGCCUCGGCUGGCAGCUCAAGGUCUGCACCAUCCACGAGACCAGCCUGGCCAUGAACUUCCUCCACAGCAUUAAGCCACCGCUGCUCCAUCUGGACCUCAAGCCAGGCAACAUCCUCCUGGACAGCUGCCUGCAUGUCAAGGUUUCAGACUUUGGCCUGUCCAAGAGGAUGGAGCAGUCGACCCGGAUGCAGUGCAUCAAGAGGUCAGCUCUGCAGGGCACCCUCAGCUACAGCCCCCCUGAGAUGUUUCUGGAGAGUAACAAGGGCCCAGGGCCCAAAUACGACAUGUACAGCUUCGGGAUCGUGAUCUGGGAGAUCCUCACUCAGAAGAAGCCGUAUCCAGGUAGCAGGUGGCAGUGGCGCCUGGCCACAGGCAGGCGGCCCUCCCUGCAGCCUGUCUCAGAUGAGUCCCAGCAGAUGGUGGACCUGAUGAGGCGCUGCUGGGACCAGGAGCCCAAGAAGAGGCCCUGCUUUCCAGAUACCAUAGCGGAGACAGACAUGCUGCUUUCGCUGUUCCAGAGUCCGGUGGCCCACCGUGAGAGGGAGGCCUUGGCCGGGAAAGUGUCCUGCGCGGCGGCCAGCCCGGGGAGGGCCCGGCCUGCAGAGGGCGCCCGCGGCUCUCCCCUGUUUUCCCGCCCUGCCCACUCAGGAGACUAUUUGAAGCGGGUCCUACGUCUCUCAGACAGUGAGAGCCUGGUCCCUAGCGAUGAGCAGGUGUACAUCUAUGAGAACAAGGUCACCCUCCACUUCCUGGUGGCCUGGGGCCUCCUGGAGGGGGUGAGGCUGCUGCUGGCCCACGAGGUGGACGCGGACCGCCAGACAGCCUGCGGCUACACGCCCCUCCUUAUCGCUGCCCAGGACCAGCAGGACGACUUCUGCACCCCGCUCCUGGAGCACAGCGCCGACGCCCACCUGGCAGAUGAGGACAGCUGGGCCCCCUUGCGCUUUGCAGCCCAGAAUGGGGACGACCACUCUGCCCAUCUGCUCCUGGACCAAGAGACCUGCGUGAUGCCCAGGAGCACGAGGGGAGACCCACUCCACCUGGCUGCACAGAACAACCCUGAGAAUGUGGCCUGGCUUCUGGUCUCCCAUCAAGCUGACCCCAACCUGCAAGAGGCUGAGGGCAAGACCCCUCUCCACGUGGCCGCCUACUUUGGCCACAUCAGCCUGGUCAAGCUGCCGACAGCCCAGGGGGUGGAGUUGGAUGCUCGGCAGAGAAACCUAAGGCCACUGCACCUCACAGUGGAGAGAAGCAAAGUGAGGGCCACCCAACAUCUGUUAGAAAGUGGGGCGGCCCCUGAUGCCCUCGACCAGAACAGCCCACUGCCCGCUGCGGGUGCCAGGGGCAAGUACCUUAUCUGCAAGAUGCUGCUCAGGUAUGGGGCCAUCCUGGAGCUGCCGACCCAGCAGGGCUGGACACCCCCGCAUCUAGCAGCCUACAAGGGCCACCUGGAGAUCAUCCACCUGCUGGCUGAGAGCCAGGCAGACGUGGGGGCUCCUGGAGGCAUGAACUGGAUCCCCCUGCACCUGGCUGCCCACCACAAGGCGGAGGUGGUGGUGUCCACCCUGCUGAAAUGUGGGGCUGACUGCAAUGCAGCCGAGCAGUCAGGCUGGACACCCCUUCACCUAGCAGUCCAGAGGGGGACCUUCCUGAGCAUCACCCACCUCCUGGAGCACCGUGCAGAUGUCCAUGCCUGCAAUAAGGUGGGCUGGACCCCCGCCCAUCUGGCCGCCCUGAAGGGAAACAUGGCCAUCCUCAAAGUGCCGGUCAAGGCUGGCACCCAGCUCGACAUCCAGGAAGGGGUUGGUUGCACACCCCUGCAGCUGGCCCUCCAGAGCCAGAAGCAGGACAUUGUCGCCUUCCCAGAGGGCAGGGAGCCCUCACUGGCCAUUCUGGGCAGAGCUGAGCCGGGAGCCCAGAUGGAAAUUUAG